UGCUCACAUCGGUUUUUAGGGAUGCAUCGAGCCCCCAAAUUCCCAAUCUUGGGUUCCAUGUGACAGGAUGCGGAUCGAAUGCAUUGCUUGCCCGAUGACAAUAUCCAGUGAGGUGAAGAGAUCGGCUAGGGCCCGGGAGUGUUUGCGUGAGGUUAAAAGGCUGGAAGAACCUGGGCGUGCAUGGAUCGCACAACUUCCAAAGACUCGCAAGUUCCUUCUAGACCUGCAAUCAAUCCUUGAAGACUCAAUGGGUCAAAGCGUAGCUGAAGGAGGCCCCACCCAGCCCACUGCUGCCUUGCCGGUGGCGGCUCUGCUUCAAGCACCUCAUAUGCUAGAGAGCCAAGCUCCCACCGACUUGCCCAAUGGUGAACUGCCUACUACAGCCGUUUCGGCGAACUAUAUCGACGCCGCAUCAGCUGUUAAUGGGCCCCCCCACGCAUUUCCUGUGGAGAUAGAAGUGCUACCUGGCCUCCAAACACAAACCCUACCCGAUGGGCCCGCUUCCAUUGAUCCUACCCCGCUUAAUAUGACGCCGCUCUUCUCCCAAUUCAACCCUAACCCCGAAAUGACUUUCCAUUUCGAGAAUUCAAACCUUGUGUUGGACAGUAACGUGAUCCAGGAGGAUCUUGCUGGGCCUUCCAGAUCUCGCAUAGUCGAUCCAGAGGCAAUCGUUGCUGCAUUUGAAACUCCUGAUCGUCAACAAGAUAGGUGGUUGGAGACGAACUCAAAUGAGGAUGUUGUCUACUGGCUUCGAGGCCUGGCCCAGAGGUUAGGGUAUCUCCUUGUCCCUCUCUGAGUCGAUGUGGGCAGCGGCAGUUCUUCUGGACUGAGAAAUGUACUGUACGUGCAAGUUGAUUCCUCGCCACUUUGAAUGUUCGGAAAUUGCUUUUAUGACUCAGUUUGCUCCGUAGUGUGUGAUUGGUCUGCAUAUUACCAGUGGUCUUCCGACUCGUGUUUUCUGUGUUGUUUUGCCUUCCCCAUGCUAUGUGUAGAGUCGGUGAUCUCUUCUUCUCGCUAGAUGUGUGGCGAUGUUUGUUUCUACACCUCGUUGUUGCCUGAUGCCAGAAAGAUUCAUUGCUUUUCUUCUGGUUCGGUUCAGAGUCGGAGUGAAUGGUGGGGGGUGAUUAAAUUGUUA